AGUUUGCAGAGCGUGCCGCGGGCCCAGCACACAUUUUUGGGCGAGGACCGCUUGGCCAUGGAACCGGCUGCUGACGUGCGGGCAGUGCGGCGGACAGCUGUUCGGCGCGCAGCCACAGGUGCAGUGCUGUUGUGUCUGGGCCAUGCCCAUGCUUUCGUGGCGCCAGCGUGGCGCACAGGUGUUGAGUUGCAGCAACCCAUGCCAGACCUUGGCCAGGUGGUGAUUGCAGACAACCCACAGGACUUGACGCCUUUGGAGAAGUUUGGCCCCGAUCCUUUCUUCUAUGGUUACAUCAUUAUCUCUUUGCUCGUCGUUGCUGUAUCUCUUUACUUGAUUACGAAGCCCUACUGGGAGCAGCGGUGGUUGAUCGAGCGAAUCAACGCGCAGAAGCUCAAGUUCAUCACGAACGAGGAUGAGGCAACCCCUCGUGAGCAGUUCGAGCUGGGCCGAAUGUACAAUGCUUUGAAGGAUUUCCCCAGUGCAUUGGCCGAGUUUGAAGAAGUAGAAGAGGACUUUGGUGAAAUUGCCGAAGUGCUAGACCCAGAGGACGCCAUGGGUGCGCUUGCAGCAAGGGCGCAGCUGCACAAUAGCAAAGGCUUUGCUUUGAUGAAAUUGGAGCCACCGCGAACGGCUCAAGCAAGACGUGAGUUUGUGCGGGCUGUUACGUACUGGCCUGAAUAUCCUGAGGCUCUGCUAAACAUUGGCAGAGAACUCAUCAAGAGAAAGCGUUUUGAUGUGGCGGUACGAACGCUGAACACAGCCUUGAAGUGGCAGCCUGGAAACGAUGAUAUCGCAGACUUUGCGGAGCAGGCCAGGAAGGCCAUGGAUGGUCAACUGACUGAGAAGGAGAUGAAAGAAUUGGCUUAGAUGCCUUAGGAGGAAGGUGGCAGGAUAAGUGAUGCCUGCAGAUCAACUCAGCCUCUCACAAUUGGGGGAGUUCAAUCCCACCAAAGAGAUGAAUCAUUUGACAGUGGGAGAAACACCCUGACAGGUGAAGUCGGUUUCAAGGGCCGUUCGGCCAGGUCACGUUCGCUGCAUUUUCCUCCAAUUUUUGCGCAAAUGCCGGCGAACAUUGAAGAACGUCCACUUGACGCCUGGACAGAUACUUCUGGGUCACAAAGCAGCCACACCAAUGAAACAAGUUGGACUUUUACCUCCUCGUGGAUUCAUUCCAACGGCAUUCGGCACCUGUGCGCUUACUUUCGCUUUGCUCCAACGGUGGCCGAGUUUUUCACACCUGAAAGGCGUGGGUGUCUAGUCGACACCAUCCAAGGCCUCUCUCUUCCUCUUGAACAAGCUUGAUCAAAACUCAGCCUGUCACUGUAACAUAUCGGUUGACUAGAGGCACAUCUUGGUUUCCCGAUAGAGUCUUGAUUCGACAUCAUCGACUGCGCAUAUUGAUUUCGUCCCGAGCAUGGCGAGGUUUGAGGUUUCGCAGAGUCCGGGCCAUGUCCAGCCGGGGCCCUGUCCAGACCGACCCUCCAAUGUGAUGAAGCUGUGAGGACCAAGAAUC